AUUGCAGAGACGAUGAUGACAUCAACGAUGUUGCGUCUAUGGCUGGCGUGAACCUCAACGAGGAGAGCGCGCGCAUUCUAGCGACCAACUCUGAUCUGGUGGGAACGCAGAUCCGCUCCUGUAAAGACGAGGCCUUCCUGUCUACAGGUCUGUUACACCGGCGUAUACUAGAAACAGCGAAGAGGUUUGGAGUGACGGAUGUACCGCUGGAGGCUGUGAACUUCAUCUCUCACGCCACCCAGUCCAGAUUACGGACGGUGCUGGAGAAAGUUUCCUCCAUUGCCCAGAACCGAAUGGAUUCGAGUAAGGAAGACGAGUGGUUCGAGCAGUCGUCUGAUGUGCGCUCGCAACUCAAGUUUUUCGAGCAGCUGGAACGAAUGGAAAAGCAGAGGAAAGAUGAGCGAGAACGAGAGAUUCUCCUCAGAGCGGCGAAGAGUCGCUCGCGGCAAGAAGAUCCAGAACAAGCCCGUCUGAAGCAGAAAGCAAAGGAGCUCUGAGCUGGUAUUUAGGAGAAUGUGCUGCACUUUUAUCCAGGGCGGAAUGGGGAAUCUGAUUGGAGAUGAAGUCAGAGUUUUUCCCGUUUGACGGAUAAUUUGCUGAGGCCAUUAGCAUCAUAAAGGCGGAUGGCGUGGCGCUCGAUCUGGUCUUGCACUUGCAAGAAGGGAGACAAUUAGUAACCGUUACCACGGUAUGAGGCACAAAUUGCUUGCUUGUGUCUUCUCGCGCAUUGAUUUUUGUUUAUUAUGCUGCCAAUAAUAAAAAAGAUAAUGCUGUUCUCAAUUCCUGGCAGAUCUAAUGACGCACUAGUUUUUACAGAAAACAGUUAACUUUGAUGCAUGUUUUUAUGUUAUUUGAAGAAACUAUUUCAGAUUUAUUUCGAUCCGUGUGUUUGUGAUGUGCACGGCAAUGUUUGCACUCCAGGCCGUCACUGAUGCACUGACUACAAAACCGUGGCGCUGUGGACGUGAGUCCAAACUAACCCUGUUUUGAAAACGUCUUCUGAUACGA